GUAACAGUUAUCGUCGGAGCAAAAUCCCCAGAAAUACACAAAAACACAAAGAGGGUCUGGUAUGCCGAGAAAAUUCUCCAUUUCAUCUUUUCAUAUACAUAUGUUUUGGUUGUUUCGUAGAUCUCUCUCAUAUUCUUCCAUCUUGUUCCCUCCCUAAAUAAAACAAAACAAAAACAAAAGCACAAACCCUAGUUUCUGACCAUGUAACAAAGUUCAGAUUUUUCCUUAAAUUUCUGAGCUGAUGUGAUAUCAUUUGCACGAGCGAGCCUCAAUGUCAGACGCUCCAGAUGUUGAUGAUCGUGUGGAUUACGAGGAUGGUAGCUCCAGUGAGAUGGAGGAGGAACAUGUAGAAGAAGAUGAUGAUGACAGUCACAAUGACGAAGAGCAUGAUGUGGAAGCUGAAGAUGAAGACAACAAUAUUGAUAUUGAUAUUGAGACAGCAGAAGAUGAAGAAGAAGAAGAAAGGGAAGAGUAUUCCCAUCUUCUUUCACUUCCUCCUCACGGUUCUGAAGUUUUCAUUGGCGGUCUCCCUAGGGAUGUUGGAGAAGAAGACCUAAGGGAUCUAUGUGAACCAAUUGGCGAUAUCUUUGAGGUGAGAUUGAUGAAAGAUAGAGACUCUGGUGAGAACAAAGGAUAUGCUUUUGUAGGUUUCAAAACCAAAGACGUUGCACAAAAGGCAAUUGAGGAGUUGCACAGUAAACAGUUUAAGGGAAAAACCAUAAGAUGCUCCCUUUCUGAAACCAAGAAUAGACUAUUUAUUGGUAACAUCCCAAAGGAGUGGACUGAGGAUGAGUUUAGGAAAGUCAUAGAGGAUGUUGGUCCUGGAGUGGAGAGCAUCGAGCUCAUAAAAGAUCCAACAAACUCUACUCGUAACCGUGGUUUUGCAUUUGUUCUAUACUAUAACAAUGCAUGUGCUGAUUAUUCAAGGCAGAAAAUGAUAGAUUCUAGUUUUAAGCUUGAGGGCAACGCUCCAACUGUGACUUGGGCUGACCCAAAAAGCUCUCCUGAGACUUCAGCUGCUGCUGCCCAGGUGAAAGCUCUUUAUGUGAAGAAUAUUCCAGAGAAUACAUCAACAGAGCAACUGAAAGAACUCUUUCAGAGACAUGGAGAAGUUACUAAAGUCGUCACACCUCCUGGAAAAGGUGGUAAACGUGAUUUUGGGUUUGUACACUAUGCUGAAAGGUCUAGUGCAUUGAAGGCUGUCAAAGACUCCGAGAGAUAUGAAAUCAACGGUCAAGAGUUAGAAGUUGUGCUUGCUAAACCCCAGGCUGAGAGGAAACAUGAGCCUUCUUCUUAUUCUUAUGGUGGUGCUGCUGCACCUUCUCCUGCCCCCUUUGCUCUUCCUACGUUUGGUGGUUUUGCUGCGCCUCCUUAUGGUGCUAUGGGUAUUGCCGGUAGUUUUGCUCAGCCAAUGAUCUAUGGUAGAGGAGCAAUGCCAACAGGGAUGCAAAUGGUUCCAAUGCUUCUUCCUGAUGGCCGAGUUGGCUAUGUUCUGCAACAGCCUGGAAUGCAGAUGGCACCACCCGCACGACCCAGAAGAGAUGACCGGAAUAACGGAGGGUCAGGGAGAGAGAACAGGCAUCAUCAUGAUGGCAACCGAGGAGGCAGAAGGUACCGUCCCUACUAGCAGCAGCCCAAAGCUAUAAUAGAGCAACAAGAAGCAAGUAGACAAAGGAAAGAAAGCUGUACUGGAAUUUGUUUGUAGUUUGAGAACUUUAUGUAAGAAAAAGCUCUCUCUCUAAUGUGAAAUCGAACCUUACGGUUUCUUCUUGUUUGGUAAGAAGAUUGAUGAAGGGUUUUGGGUUGAGUGAUAUGAUCUUCUUUCUUACUCUCUCUUAAACUUAAAUUUUUUUCUCUGUUCUGAAUAACAAUCUUAUACCUAGUAGCUUGUUGUU